AUCCUCACAGCAAUACUGUGUGUAAGUAGGUAGGUAUUCCAAGUUCAAUUCACGGCACCAUGUUUCACGUCGUAGGUCUUCGCGGAUUCGAACUAUUAUUUUUGUGAAUCAUUCCCACACGUAGGAACAAGGUCUUUGAUAUAUUAAGCAACGAAAACUACUGUUUAGGUAUCAAUUAUAAAUCAAAUCAUAACAAACCAGCGCAGCGGUUUAACUGAAAAAUUUCAUUAUGACAAUGAUAACUUUGACAAUUACGUGAGUGACGGAUUGAUUUACUAUGGUCCGAUAACUUUUAUUAUGCGAUGACUUUACAUUCAGCCAACGAGAAAGGUCAAACUAAGGUCAUAAGGAUAUUUGUUGAAAUAUCUUCAAUCCUCAAUUAUUAUAUCGCAGCAAAUGUCGGAAACUGUUUGAAAACCUCAUAUCUCGAAAUGGUUUUCGAAAUAGAACAUUUAAAAAAAAAUGAACAAUCCUAAUUGACAUUUAUCUUCAAAACAUAACCAAAAACAUUAAUAAAAUUAUUAAAAAUAAAAACAAAUAAAUUUUAUGGUAAGGAAAGUUGGAACCUGAAAAGAAACAUCAGAAAACACAAUGUUAACAAGGAAAAUUAUGAGUCAAUUAUUGACACAGACUUUGAAGACGGCGCAAUAUGCGAAACUACGAACGCAAACUACAACUACUUCUAAUGAAGAUUCUCUUAAUUAUUGUGCAAAUAUAGUAAAAUAGAUCGCAUGAUUAUGAAAAUUUUCUGGCUACACUUCUUAUGACAAAAGCUCUCCGGUCACCAGCGCUAGUGGUCAGAGCAUUCAAUGUAGAAAUUGCUAGGGUGCAAGGCCAAACCACUGAUCCACAAAUUGCAUUGAUGCGGAUGCAAUUUUGGCAGGACACUUUGAAGGACAUUUAUAAGACGGAUCAAAGUCUUAGUCAGGUUCCAGCUAAUCCUGUUGCUCAAGAGUUAUUUAAGGUCUGUAGUGUCUACAAGAUACCAAAGAGAAAUUUACAAAAACUCAUUGACUCGAGACAGAGGUUAAUGAAAGCAAAAUAUUUUGGCAGCCUGGCUGAUUUAGAGAAAUACACUGAUGACAGCGUAUCAGCAAUAUAUUAUACAAUGCUCUGGCUGGCGGGCAUUCAGAACUUGCAUGCUGAUCACGCUGCAUCCCAUUUAGGUAAAGCCCAAGGCCUCGCCAAUAUGCUAAGAUCUAUACCUAUGUCUAGUCAUUAUAAAAUGGUAUAUGUACCCAUGGAUUUGUUAAUGAAGCAUGAUGUUUCUCAAGAAGAUGUGCUGAGAUGUCAGGAUAGUGAGAACAUGAGAAAUUGUACAUAUGAAAUUGCAAUCUCAGCAAAUAAUCAUCUUAAAAAGGCAAGAAAAAUAGAUGUGCCGAAAUUAGCUAAUCAAAUAUUUCUACCAGCUGUAGCAGUAAACAAUUAUCUAAAAAAGCUCCAGAAGUGCAAUUUUAAUGUGUUUGACAAAUCUCUAGUUCAAAGAAGUGCUACUUUACCUCUUCUUUACUAUUUUAUGAGACUCUUAAACAAGUAUUGAAUCUGUUAUAUGUAAUAGGUAAAAUAGUAGAAAGUGUUAAAUUAUUAAUAAAGUGACCUGAAAAAACCUGUAUUUAAAAA